AUGAACCAAAACGGGGAAGAGGUGGAAUGUAGGAAUGUCUCUGGAGCGGAAGCCAAAGGCACGGAAAAAAAGUAUUCGGUGAUGGUGAAGCAAAACUGGAUUCCCUCGGACUAUUCACAGUAUGUUGACGAGAGGAUUCUGAACAUAGACUUUGAGACCGAUACUUUCCAGAAGCAGGCAUUUUAUUUUUUAAGCAGGAACUCAUCUGUUUUCGUUUCUGCGCAUACAAGUUCCGGAAAGACUCUUGUGGCCGAAUAUGCCAUCUCUCUGUCACAGAAGCAUGGGACAAGGACUAUUUAUACAUCGCCCAUCAAGGCAUUGAGCAAUCAAAAGUACCACGACUUCAAGCAGAAGUACGACGACGUUGGAAUUAUUACGGGGGAUGUGCAGGUUAACCCCACUGCGAAAUGCCUUGUGAUGACGACUGAGAUUCUUCGGAACCUUGUGUACAGAAAUGGAGAUCUUUUGAGAGACACAGAGUUUGUUGUGUUUGACGAGGUUCAUUACAUCAACGAUUCUGAAAGAGGAGUUGUGUGGGAGGAAUGUAUAAUCAUGAUUCCUCGCAAUAUAAACUUCAUUAUGCUAAGUGCAACAAUUCCCAACGGCCUGGAGUUUAGUGAGUGGGUAGGAAGGACAAAGGAUCGGACAAUAUAUGUGAUUUCGACAGGGAAAAGGGCAGUUCCUUUGGAGCAUGUGAUAUAUUGCGACUGGAAUGUGUAUACCAUUAAUGAAGGAGGAAAAACAGAAAAUGCAUCGAAUUUCAAGGGAGAUUUAGUUCCUUUCAGCAAGAAGAAUAGGCCUACGGGGAAGUUUAAGAUACUGGACCUGGCCAAUUUUGUUGUCAAGAAAAAGCUUACUCCAGCGAUAUUCUUUUGCUUUUCAAAAAGAAGGUGCGAAGAUUAUGCCGAGAUCCUCAGGACUUUGAACUUGAACGAUGCAAAAAGUAGAGAGGAAGUAAAGAUGUUUCUCAACGAGGCCACCAAGUGCCUCUCUUCCGAGGAUAAGAACUUGCCUCAGGUUCUUAACAUGUCUUCGAUGGUGCUUAAUGGAGUUGCAGUGCAUCACGGUUCUCUACUCCCCUUUGUUAAGGAAUGUGUGGAGCUUCUCUUUUCCAUGAACCUGGUCAAACUCCUUAUAGCUACUGAAACAUUUGCAAUGGGAGUGAACAUGCCAGCCAAAUGCUGUGUGUUUUUAUCUCUUAGUAAAAUCGAUAAUGGAACCUUCCGAUAUGUCUCGUCUGGAGAGUACAUUCAGAUGAGUGGAAGAGCUGGGAGACGAGGGAUGGAUGCAGUAGGAACAGUGAUGAUAGCAGAUCCAAAAAUGCCACCUCUUUCAACUAUUCAAGGGAUUAUACAAGGUGCACCAUUCAGCCUAUCCAGUCAAUUUAAGCUAAGCUUUGGCCUUAUUCUUAUAUCACUAAGAUCAAACAUUAGGGUGGAAGACCUAAUGAGAAGAAGUUAUGGGGAGCAUAGGAGCCAGAGGAACUAUGAGAAGGAUAUGAAAAAACUGUCUGAACUAGAGCGUUACCAAGGGAAAGAGUGCAGUGUAUGUGGAGACCUGGCAAAGUACAUCAAUGCUGUUGAGGAGAUAUGCGCUAAGAAUUGGAAAUUAAUUGGAAAAUACAACGUUUUGGGGGAGGGAAGACAGAUUCUAUUGAAGAAUAACUCCGUAGGAACUGUUGAGAAGGUUUUGGGAACGUCUGUGCUUCUGAAGCAAGAAGGGGAAUUCCAGAGUAGCUCUCCAAUUUCCACAAGGUUUCUGGCUCAUCCCCUAAACAUCAGAAAGCCUCUGGAUAGAAGUAAAGUUGAUCUUGCAGAUGUUUUCUGUGUACUGGAAGAUGGGAGGGCUUUCUGGAACUAUAAUACGACAAAUGUAAUGGAUGUGCUGGAGAUAAGAAAACUCAAGAGUUGGUAUGAUUACCUAAUAUCCGAAGAGAAGGACUGCAAGGAGUUUGAUCUUCACUACUUAAGUGCAUUAGAUAUGCUUCACAGAAGAAAGGAAAUAGAAAAGAUAAGCACAAAAUAUAAUGCUUGUAGCCUUGGGAUGAUAGAUGAGUAUAACAACAGGAUGGAAUUCCUCAGAAGGAAAGGAUUUGUUGACGGGACCAUAACAAUGAAGGGGAGAGCGGGAGCAGAGAUACAUACGGUUAAUGAGGUUUUGGUUGUUGAGAUGAUAUUCUCAAAUGAAUUCAAAGAGAUGUGUGGGCGUAAAAUCAUUUCAUUGAUGUCUUCAAUGAUACAUGAAGAAGGCGGAGAAGAAGAACCAGGAGAGAGUCUCCGCAGCGAAUGUGAAAUAAUGAAGGAAUAUUUCGCGAGACUAUCCAAAGACCUAGAUGAAUUAUCUAUUCCGCCUUUUCCGCCCUUGAAUUUCUCCCUUGUAGAUGCAGUUUAUGAUUGGUGCAAUGGAUCGUCACUGGUAAAGAUAGUAUCUAAAUAUGAUGUUCUCGAGGGGACUUUUGUAAGGCUAAUAUUGAGACUUGAAGAAUGUUGUAGGGAGUUGAUAAGUAUAUCUGCAAUGAUAGGAGAUAAAGAUCUAGAAAAAAAGAUUGAAGAUGCAUCUGCAUCCAUGAAGAGGGAUAUUAUAUUCCUGCCAAGUCUGUACCUUUAA